AAAUGCUGUGAAGACUGCACUAAAAAAAAGAACUCCAUCUUCUAGUGAAGAAGACUCGAUAAAAUCUAUCUUCUUGGAGUCCCGGAUAACGUAGACUACCCGGAUGAGGUAAGACUACCCGGAUAUUACUAUGGCAGAAAAUGCUGUCAAGGCUGCACUCAAAGAACUGCAUCUUCUAGUGAAGAAGACUCAAGAAGAGAGAGUGCGAGCAGAACCAACGCUUGUCAACAUCGCCAAAACUCACGAUAAAAUGAAGGCUGAGUCGAAAGUGUCUGCUUACUUUAAGAAUAAACUUAAGAGCCUCUAUGUGGCUGCUCAAGAGGAUGCACGUAAAGAAGCAGGGAUGCUUCAACGAUGUCUUGACAAGAUCGCAGAGGUAAAAAUGUUGAGAAGCAAAGUGGCUAAUUCUGCUGCUACUAUGGGACACAGUAAGGCAGGAGCAAGUGGAUUAGCUGCAAGUAUAUUUGAGACUGAGCAACCACGAAAGCCUGUGAUGCGACGCGGAGUGUUGAUAUCAUUACUACAGCAAGCUGCCAAUCAAUUACCAGUAUGGAGACCACAAGAACCGGACGAAAAGCCUCCUCCGUUGUGUGGAGCCAUACCAGCAGAGCACAACUUUGUUCCAAAGCCUGGAAGUCAGGUUUGUGCUCGUAUUCAAGGACAAGAUGGUGAGGAGCAAUGGAUUCUUGCUGAAGUUAUAAGUUACAAUGCACAUUUAUGCAAAUACACGGUUGAAGAUAUUGAUGAAGAAGGCAGCACUGCUCGAGAACGUCAUGUCCUUACGAAACGUAAGGUACUCGCAUUGCCAUCGAUGAAAGCAGAUCCUGCUGUUACACCAUCGGCAAUUCAUUCCAAAGGACAAUCGGUCAUGGCUGUUUACCCUCAGACAACUUGCUUUUACAAAGGAUUCAUAGCGUCUGUGCCAUCGAAUGUUGAUGAUGACUACUCGGUGUUGUUUGAAGACGUAUCGUAUCCCGAAGGAUAUUCCCCUGCAUUGAAAGUGCCUCAAAGAUACAUCCUUCCGAUAAAGGAACGGAAACGUUGAGAAUAGUAUUGCAUCAGUGUGUGCUAUGAAAAGCAGUAAACGUAGUAUUACAUAUUCACUUAGCGACAACAGAAUAUUGAAAACAAGGGCAGGGCAUCCAUUGUUAAACAUGUUGACUGUG